AUGUGUACCACCCGUGACUAUGACCUGGAAGAAAUCCCCUUGGAUGACGACGACUCAAACACUAUAGAAUUCAGAAUCCUUGCCUUUUAUGCCAAACACCAUGUCUUCAAGAGCACCCCUGAUGUCUUCUCACCAAAGCUGCCCAUAACAAGAAGUUUAUCCUACAUGUUUGCCCCUCUUGGCCAGAGGACACAGACACCGAAGCCUUCCAGGAGUUCCCAACCCAGUGACAAGCGCUUUGCCAAGAAAACAUCUUUUGGGAUACCAUAUUUCAGAGGAGGAGGCGUCAAGGAUGUAGAGUCUGCGGAAUCCUAUUUACAGGGGAAUCAAAGACCAAUAGAAAAUCAGGGUGGUUUUAACAGUCUGCAGUGGUCCCAAUCAUCUUCUAAUGUGGAACCCCACAAAGAACAAGAAGCUGUGAACCCCAAAGUCGUUUCCAUUGCCAACCGAGUUGCUGAAAUUGUUCAUUCUUGGCCACCACCGGAAGAGAGCCACACCCAGGGAGGAAGUUCCAGGUUUAAAGAGAAUUUUGUACCACAAGGUUCCAUCAUUCAGCUCCAAGGUUCCCAGUCUGGAGGUACAAGUGCUAAGAAAGAUGGAGAACAGCAAAUAAUAGCCAAAAUUGUUGAAUUGCUGAAAUGUUCAGGAGAUCAGUUGGACAGAGAGUUGAGGAAAGACAAGGCUUUGAUGAGCGCUUUCCAGAAGGAGCUGACCUACUAUAUCUUCAGGACCAUCAUAGACCGGUUCCUCUGGACUGUGGACACCAGGGGUGAAUCAGAGGUUAAAGCUCAGGGCUUUAAGGCUGCUCUUGUCAUAGAUGCUGCUGCCAAGCUUACUGCCAUCGACAACCAUCCCAUGAAUAGGGUGCUUGGCUUUGGGACCAAAUACCUGAAAGAAAACUUCUCACCCUGGAUCCAGCAGCAUGGUGGAUGGGAAAAAGUACUUGGAGUAUCAUCACAUGAAGAAAUAGACUGA